AUGGAAGACGAGAGUUUUACAUAUCCAGAGAGACCCACCAAGAGGGUUCGCCAGGCCUGUGAGCCUUGCAGGCGUAAGAAAGCAAAAUGCCCCGGAGAGCAGCCGGUCUGUUCUUUGUGUGCCAGACUACGGCAACAAUGUCUAUAUGCUGAUGAAAGGCGCCGGCCACUUCCUGAGUUGAGUCCAAGACCCAAUGAUAUAGACUCUCGAACAUCUAGAGUUUUGGACGAUCGGCUACGAAGCCUGGAAAGCAAAGUGGGGGAGGUUCUGGAUGUACUUGGUUCGAGGAGUGAGCCGCAAAUGCCCACAGAAUCUCUUAUCCCGUCUGUGACGAUGUCAAUGCCAAGUUCAUCCAUUACACUGCCACCGUGGGAGGAGAUCAUUCCUAUCGCGGAGCUGUAUUUGCUAUACUGUGACUCUCAGCCUUUGCCUCUUUUCUAUAGGGAUAGCUUUCUUGCCACUCUACAGACACGCGACACAGAGCUUCUUUUUGCAAUACUGGCACUUGCCUUCCGCUUCUCAUACACUUACCAUAACAGUGCUGAUUCCACCAGCCUAACAAACAGCUAUGCCGAAGUUUCUCGGGGCCUUGUUAUGAAACGAAUCUCAGAAGGGCCAGUUGAGCUUUCGACGCUUCAAUGUCUAUGUAUUCUGAGCUUGGUCGAUUUCACGAACGGCAAUACACAUCGUUCCAGCAUCCACAGCAGCUUAGCAAUGAACCUUGCACAAUGUGCCAAUCUCGGACAAGAGCCCCGUUCACCAACCAGCACAAUAGUCCGCGAAGAACGCAGACACUGCUUCUGGAGUAUAUGUCUUCUCAAACGACUACACGGUGGUGAUUUCCCAAUCCCGGACAUCCCCCAAGCCGGAGGCCCUCCAUAUCCCCGAAGCCCGGCACGACCACCACGCUUCCUCUCUCCGGGGCCAUCCACCGGCGAAAUGCGGCGAAGUGAUAUGCAGGACGAAGGAAUCAUUGCAUAUGUGAUAGUGCUGAGUGAAGUGUUCGCGAGAACAUCGCGAUACGUGCGGCUCCACGGACGUCCAAGCAAUGUCCCACCGUGGUCUCCUCAUUCCGAAUACUCGAAAAUUCUCGCUUUACAAAUGGACCUUGAGACUCGCAUGCCGUAUCUUCAUCGGUUUAAGCCAGCCAACCUCGGUGAACGAUCUCUCGAGGAAUUACAGAAGUAUCGUGAAUACUGGGGCCCGUGGUUUCUGAAUCAAUUUAUUUACCAUACCAGCCUGUGCCUACUCAAUCAUCCACUGCUUCUCUCACUCAGUCUUCGGAAUUUCCGGAGUACAAUCCCGGAGAUCUUCCUACAGCACACUUCGGACUUGAUCUCCUCGCAUACAACAUGGAUUAUUCACUUUCUCAACUGUUUCGAAGAGAAGUCAUUUCUAGUAUCAGAUCCGUUACUAGGCUACAGCGCCGCUGUUGUGGCUACAAUCGAGCUGCAACUCAGUUUCACGGAUGAUUUGACUAUCAGAGAACACAAGCGGGAAAGAUUUGCCAAGUGUGUCAAGUUUGUGCAAACUAUGGGAGAAAGGUGGCCGCACAUGGCUCGAUUGGCACAUAGAUUACAGCGAUUAGAAGACGCAGUCUCGGCAACCUACCAAUCAGACCCCGGCGCACAAAACCAAAGCCUUCUGAUCGACCUAUCCCGAUUCUGGGAAAUCCUUGAAUACUCAUCCAAUAGCGAUAUUGACUCUGCUCGACGUCUAUUCGGGGAGUCACUUUAUACCGGUCCGUCUUCUGCAGGUGCAGAAGUAUCUCAAACAUCUCCUUUGCCUUCACCGUUCCGGUUGAGUGUCCAAGAACAAGAUACACCAACUCUUCGGUCUCAGCCAUUCAGUACAAGUACAGUCUUUCCAAGCCAGGACUACCCAGCAACUUCUUUGGUCUCACCCCAGCAUUUGACAAUAUCUAAUGACGAGUUCUCUAUUCUUGCUGCCAAUUUCUUUUCCCAGGGACAAGAGUUCCUGCGCAGUGGCGAUAACUGGGAAAGUGUUGGGAAUUUCUAA